AGUUGCCUGAUUGCAAGGAGUGGGGGUGGAGUGCGAACAGGGCAAGCAAAGCUGCCAGAACUGCUACUUUGAUUCCAGGACAUUGUGCUCAGUGCUUCUGCCCUCAGCCCCCAACUCUCUCCCGAGUAGCAGAACAGAUAGUCAGAACGAGGCAGAAGAUGCUUCAGGAGUCAAGGAAUCCCUCCAUGGCUGGGACAGAGGGGUGAGAAAACUUCAGCACCAGGGACAGUGUCACAGACCUACCACAAUGAGCCAUUCUGCAACAGCAAUCUUCAUGGUUUGUGCCACCCUUCUGUGUCACAGAAUCUGCACACAGGAGUUCCCCAUUCACACACAACAGCACCAUCAUGAUCAGUACUGGUACCAGACUGCAAUGGAUCAAAUCCCCGUGAUCAGUGGAGGUACCUGCAAGGUGAUUGCUGUCCGCCGCUGCUGCAACCGCAACCACAUUGAAGAACGGUCUCAAACUAUCCAGUGUUCCUGCCUCCCAGGAAAAGUAGCUGGGACAACUCGUGGCAAACCUUCCUGUGUGGACACCUCCAUCAUAACAGGGAAGUGGUGGUGUGACAUGGACCCCUGUCUGGCUGAUGAGGAGUGCAAAGCAUUGCCUGACAAUUCAGGCUGGAUGUGCUCACAAGGGAAUCGUGUCAAAAUGACCAAGGUACUAGCCCCUCACACCCCCCACCCCCUGGAUGAAUCCCAUGCAGGGCAAAUAGAUCCACCCAAGGCACUGAAGCUUGAUAAAACAAAAAAUCCAUCUUUUAAGUGGGCAGAUAUCUGA